AUGUUGAAAAUAUUUUAUUUUUUUUCUGUUAUAUUUUAUUUUUUAUUAAUUUCUAGAUACAAUGCAGACCACAACGAUCAAAAUUAUACUAAAAAAGCUAUCUUAUUAGCUUUAUUAAAAAAUAAAUUCAUUGAUAAAAAGGAAUAUACAAAAUAUGAUGAUAUAAAUAAUGCACUUCAAUAUGUAAAAAAUUCAAAAUUGAAUAUAAACAAUAUUAAUAAAUUCGAAAACUUUUUAUCCUAUUUAUUAAAAUAUCACAAUAUAAAUAUUGCAUUUAAUGAUAUAGACACUAAAAUAUUGUAUAUGUCUGGUAUAUUCGAGGGUAUUUAUGUUGAUUUGGAUAUACUGGACAAAGAUUAUGUAGACACAUAUUUUAAUAAUAUUCAUGAGCAAUCUUCUAAUAUAAUUAAAUUAAUUUUACGUAGUAAAGUAGUGACUCCAGAAUAUAUAAAUAUCCCAUCUGAAGAAGAAAAUUUUGAAAAAUUUAAUAACAAUUCGUUUUAUGAGAAAUAUGAGGAGGCUCAUGAAAGUUUAGAAGAAAACAAUAAUGAUGAGCAUGAAACUAACGAGAACAAUAUCGAAAAUGAAAUAUUUAAUAACAAUGAAGAAUACAAAAUACACAAUUUAAGUGAAGAAAUAAAUAAAAUGAAUGAUAAUAUCUACAAUUUUAUUGAAAACAUCAAUGAUGAAAAUAAAAUGACAAAUAUGGAAAAUUAUAUUAAAGACUAUCCUAUGUUGGAUGAUGUUAAAACAAAAUAUACAAAUGAUAAUAUCAUAAUAAAUAUUUAUAACACAUAUUUUGGAUAUUUUGACCCCAAUGCAAUGGAAAAUCCACGAAAACUUCCAAAUGAACAUCCAUAUAUUUCUAAUUUAAAUCUGCAAAUCGGUAAUAAUAUACUUAAAGAUACAAAUGGAGUGAAUUCCAAAUUUGACGAGAAAAAUAAAUAUAUUGCAUAUAGUGAAAAUAAAGAAGAAAUUCAAAGCAUUGAUAACGAAAACUCCAAAGAUUACAGUGAUGACAAUGUGGAAAAUGAAGUAUUAAAUAAUGAAAAUGAUUAUGAAAAAAAUAUAAAUAAUAAUAUUGAGGAUUAUAAUAAUGAUUUGUAUGUAAAAGGUGAAGAUGACUAUUUAACUUUUCAAUACACAUAUGAAAAUCCAUAUUACACAUUUGGUUUACGUAAUAGCUUACCGAAUAAAAAUAAAGAAAAUGACAGUAAUCAUGAUAUAAAUAUUACUAAUAACAACGAAAAUAUGAAUGAACAAAAUAAUAAGAUAGAUACAAAUGAUUCAAAACAUGAUUCUAAUGAUUUAUCCAAUAAUUUAACAUCAAAAAAUAAAGAAAAAAUGGAAUUAUUAGGUGAUAGUGAAAAUAAAAGUAGUAUAAUCCCACAUGUUUUCCCAGAUCCUAAUAACAAUAGGCCUGUAUAUAAAAGAAAAGAAUUAAAAUCAGACAAAAUGAAAACAAAAGCGGAUUUUAUAGAUAAUGAGAUUUCGAAGAAAAUCAAGAAUAGUAUGUAUGUUAAGAUUGGACAGAAUGGUACAAACAAUUUUUUAAGUUUUUUUGAAUUUAGAGAUUUAUCAUCAAAAACAAAUUUUAACAAUUUAUUAUUAUUUAUCGAAUAUUUAAAAAUAUUCAAUAUAACUGAAGCUAUUAUAUUUAUAGAAAAACUUAAUCAAUUAAUUUGUAUAUCCUAUUGUAUGGAGAUAACUGAUACAUUAGAGUUAUCAAAUAAUGACAUGAUAUUAUAUGACGGUAUGUCUAUAUUAUUUACCAAAAAAAAUGUAGAUGUAAAAAUAAACAACAAAACAUAUCAUAUUAAUUUACCGACUUUUAAAACUAUAUUAAAUUUAUUAAAUAUAAAUAAAAAAACUAUACCUUUAGUAUGUCCAUGUAAAUCUUAUACUAAUUUGAUACUUAGUUAUUUUAAAAAAUAUGGACCAAAUGCAAAGUGUUCUUUUUAUCAUUAUAAUAAACCAUCAUAUUUAGAAGAAUAUUCUACAUCUAGAGUUUUAGGCCAAUUAGCUUCGAUGCAAGAAAAAUUACCUUUUAUUAAAAGAAAUGGAAGAACAGAAUCAAAAUUAAAAGUUGAUAUUAAUGAAGAACCAGAUAUUUAUAGCAAUAUUUUUUAUCAUAAUUUUAGACAUUCUAUAUCUACUAGAAAAAAAAAAUUAGACAUAUCUAAUAAAAUAGAUCAUUCCGAUAAUGACAUAACUUAUACAGAUGACAAUUAUGUUAAUAUUUAUUAUAAUUCUAGUUUAAUAAAUAUUAAUGAUAGAACAAAUAUAAGUGAUAUUUUUAUUGAUGAAAUUAAAUCAAAGGUAUCUCGUAUAAAUUCUUAUAAAAUAGGUAAACAAAUUUUCACCACAUAUGGUAACUUUGGAAAAGAUGAUCAUGAUUUGGAAUUAAAAGACACUGUGUAUGACCCCAAUCAUUCACGUUCAAAAAAACUUAAUAAUUAUGUUAAUAAUAAAAAUGAAAAAACUAAGAAUGAUCCAAACCAAAAUAAAAAAGAAGAAUUCCAAUUAAAGACAAAUAAUGGAGAUAAAAAUAAAGAUGAUAAUGUUAGUAAUAUUGAAUUUUCAUCCAUAAAAGAUAAUAUCAAUAAAACUGAACUUAAAAAUUCUAUAAAAAAUAAAAAAAAUGUUUCAAAUAAAAAAGAAAAUUAUAAUAAUUUGAUAAAGUCUAAUAUUUAUGAUAAUGAUAAUGUUUCACCAAAUGGUGAUUUAAAUAACAAAUCUUCAUAUUUGACUAAUGGAGAUGGUGGAGAUGAUGAAGAUGAUGACGAUGAUGACAAAAAUAACGCCAUGAAAGAAUUAUUAAAGUUAAAAAAUUCUACGAAAGUUAAAAAUAAUGUGAAAAAUAUACAUGGUGAGAAGAUAACUGAAACAAAUGUAAAUAAAAUAAUAAAUGCCAAACAUUUGAUACAAUUUUUUAAAGGCACAGAAAUAUGGAAACCAAUUGCUUAUUGUCAACAUAUAGCAUAUAUAAAUAAGUCUCUUGAUGAUAUAAGAUACAACGAAAAUAUUAUGUUCACAGAAAUUUUUGAACAAAAUCAGGUGAUUCUUUACUUUUCCAAUAAUGUUCAAAAUAAAAUUAAAAUAAGUAUAGAUUAUUUUCUAUUUUUAUUAGAAAAAGUAUCAUUAGUAAAUUAUGUUGAAAACUUAUGUAAUAACUUUGAUUUAGGUGUAAUUUCAAAAAGGAAAAUGAAUAGUUCAAAUAUAAAUAACAUUUCAUCUAUACAUUUAUUUUUAGAAAAAAAUAUAAUAAAUUUUAGUGAACAAUUUGCAAAAAAAAAUAAAUAUGCAAAUGAAUUAUAUAGUUUAUCUACAUCAAACCUUUUUUCAUCUAAAAGAGACAUAGUUUUAAUGAAAAAAUCAUAUAACAAUAUCAUUUUUGAUGAAAAGGAUAUCUUUGAUAUAUUCAGUUUAUAUUUGGAUGAAUUCAUAACAGAAAAAAUGAUUGAAGAAACAUUUUUAAUUCCUUUUGCUUUUAUAUUUCAUAAAGAGAAUAUAUCUACACAUGGAAAACCAACAUUAAAUGUAUAUAGCAAUGAACAUAUAAGAAGAGACAAUAGAGGUGCAAUAAAUAAAUUUAUGUUUUAUGGUUACAAAUAUAUUAUAAAUAAUAUACCCAAUUUUUAUGCCGAUAUAAUUCCAAACGUCCCUAUAAAAAAAAAUAAGUUGAAAGAAUACACGCUAGUUAUAUAUAGUGAUAACCCAUCUAUGACAAAUAUAAUUAUUAAAACAACAAUUAAUGUUAUCAAUAUAGCCUUUUUGUUAAGCAUAUUGGAAGUAGUGUUAGAUACAAGGGCAGAACAACAAUUCUUUUCACAUGAAAAUAAAUUCUUUCCAUUAAAUUCAUUUAUUAUUUUAAAUGAAGGUAUUAAUCAUUUGUUCUUUAAUUAUAUGCCUAAUGAAAAUGGAUCAGAAUACCAGUUAUAA